AUGGCAAUUAUUGAUUCUAUAAAAAGCAAAAUACAUCCUGUACUGAUUUUCAAAUCUCAUUAUCCCAAUAUUGAAAUUUCAAAAAUCGGAGAUUAUCAAUAUAUUACAAGUAAUCCUAGCGGAAUUGAUGAUGACAAACACAUCUUUAUUGACAUUACGACGGAUAAAAAAUUAUCUUUUGGUGAAUUUAAAAGAGAUACAAAGAGAUUUGCGGCUGGUUUGGUCAAUAAAGUUGGAUUUAAAC